CCUACAGUGACCGAAUGAUUACUUUCCACAAAACCGGAAGUCAUCUUCUAUCAUAAUGGCACCUGAGAAUUGGCAUCGCGGGGACUAUCUCGUCUCGACAGACCCGGACCUGCUCCAGGUCGAUGCCGUGAAUGCCGCUCUAGGCUCUGAGAUGGUAUGGUGGGCUGGUGAUCUGCCAGCCGCGGCACUUCAGGAAGCGCUGCACAGUUCACUCUGUUUUGGCCUCUACCAAAAGACACCGAUAGAGACAUCAAAUGGGACAAAGACCUCUUCAACUUCAAAUGGAGUCGAACAGUCUUCGAUCGACAAGACUCCCGCCGCUCUGAAGCAGAUCGGGCUCGUGAGAGUCAUCACGGAUAACGUUACGUUCGCUUACCUGACUGAUGUCUAUAUUCUGGACGGGCAUCGGGGCGCCGGUCUUGGGCGCUGGGUACUCGAGAUCUUGAAUGAGAAGCUACGCAGUUGGCCGCAUCUUCGCCGCGUGAUGCUUUUGACGACGGACAAGAUGCAUCUUUUUAGCCGGAACUUGGGUAUGAAAGACUACAGGGAGUUUGAUGGCAUGAAGGGGGUUUCUAUCGCGAUGGUUGAAGGUCCGGGUGCGCAGCAUUGAGUAGUUUGAGUCUUCGUGUGUGCGAUUGAGCAUUUGUAUAUCCGUUUUAGAUAGUAGCUAGGAAGAUUCUACAUUCAGGGUCAUAAACCGUCAUUUUUGUUUACAGAG